ACUGGACAAUCGAGGGGCUUGUGAGAAGUUUUCCUUCCUUUCCUAAUCCGUUCUCUUUUCCUUUGCUUUUGUUCGCCGCGUCCCCAGUACCCCGAGUGGACAUCAGCCGCCCGCGGGGCUGCGGCGCGGACAGAGGCACCUGGUGGCUCCGCUGCCCACUUGCCGCGGCCACCAGCCCCGACCCGGACGAGGCCCGGGCUCCCCGGCCGCGUGAUGCAGCCUAAAAAAGGCGCAGAACCGCACGUGUCCCCGCGGGCACCUGGGGCCUCCCCCGCCGCCGCCCAAUCGCCGCGGCCGCCUUGCGCUCGGGCCACCAGGAGAGCGGGCCCGGCAGACCCGCCGCCGCCGCCAUGCGGUUCCGGUUCGGGGUGGUGGUGCCGCCCGCCGUGGCCGGCGCCGGGCCGGAGCUGCUGGUCGUGGGGUCGCGGCCCGAGCUGGGGCGCUGGGAGCCGCGCGGGGCGGUGCGCCUGAGGCCGGCGGGCACCGCGGCGGGCGCGGGGGCGCUGGCGCUGCAGGAGCCGGGCCUGUGGCUCGGGGAGGUGGAGCUGGCGCCCGAGGAGGCGGCGCAGGACGGGGCGGAGCCGGGCCGCGUGGACACGUUCUGGUACAAGUUCCUGAAGCGGGAGCCGGGAGGCGAGCUCUCUUGGGAAGGCAAUGGACCUCAUCAUGACCGUUGCUGUACUUAUAAUGAAAACAACUUGGUGGAUGGUGUUUACUGCCUCCCAAUAGGGCACUGGAUUGAGGCCACUGGGCACACCAAUGAAAUGAAGCAUACAACUGACUUCUAUUUUAAUAUUGCAGGCCACCAAGCCAUGCAUUAUUCAAGAAUUCUACCAAAUAUCUGGCUGGGUAGCUGCCCUCGACAAGUGGAACAUGUAACCAUCAAACUGAAGCAUGAAUUGGGGAUUACAGCUGUAAUGAAUUUCCAGACUGAAUGGGAUAUUGUACAGAAUUCCUCAGGCUGUAACCGCUACCCAGAACCCAUGACUCCAGACACUAUGAUUAAGCUAUAUAAGGAGGAAGGCUUGGUCUACAUCUGGAUGCCGACACCAGAUAUGAGCACUGAAGGCCGAGUGCAGAUGCUGCCCCAGGCCGUGUGCCUCCUGCACGCGCUGCUGGAGAACGGACACACCGUGUACGUGCACUGCAACGCCGGGGUGGGCCGCUCCACGGCGGCCGUCUGCGGCUGGCUCCAGUACGUGAUGGGCUGGAACCUGCGGAAGGUGCAGUACUUCCUCAUGGCCAAGCGGCCGGCUGUCUACAUUGAUGAAGACGAGGCUAGACAGGACACAUUUCUCCUACAAUUUUACAAAGUUAAAUUUAUAAGGCAGCACUGAGUAAUGUGAAGUCCAGCUCCCUUGCUAAAAAUAGCUAAAGAUGACUAUUGUGUUCAAGUAAAUCACAGUCAUAAUAUGUUGUGUAAAAUUUAAUCUUAAAAAUGGAAUAUUUUUAGUUGCGUGUGUGUGUGUAUGAAUUUCCUUAACAUCUGGAAAAUCCAGCUAAAUAAUUUCCACCAUAGAAAGACUUUUUUGGCGUGAAUUUUUUCCAUUUGUCCCUUUUUGCUCUGAUAGACAAAAUCAGUUUAGGACUACUAAAGAAUGUUUUGGAAUAAACUCUCUUAUCCUCAAUGAAUGGAAUGUCUAAUGUAUUUCAAAAUCACCUAAAUUUUUUUUGUUAAAUAAAAGCAUUU